CCGAAGGAACGUGCAUUGAGUGUUUUAUUGAGCUAUAUAUUGAGCGACGAAAAUUUGCGCGCGAUCUUUCGUAACCGGGAAAGUUGAUGUGACCACAGAGAGUCCCUUUGGGAUGGUAGAGGAGUGAUACAUCAGUGUUUGUUUUCUUUGUGAGGGAAUGGUAAAAGGUGAAUUUUCCAGGAUGAAACAAGGGAUUUAUUAAAAUUGUCGGCUAUAAAGCACCUUUCACCGAGGCUAAAAAGCUAUAGGAUAUAAAAAAGUUUAUUUUUCUGUGUUUUUGGAGCGGAAAUUUCAAUUUAUAUUCACUGACGGAAGUCUCCACAAACGAGGAAAUUGGUGGGGCUUUCCAUCACUUUUCCGCGCGCGUUUGCUAACGUGAGAGUGUAAAACACAAGUGAGGAUUUCUCUGUGACCCACCAGGGAGGAAAUUGCUUCCGGACGGUGGAAUAAUGUGUGGCAGGAAUUACAUAAUAAUAGCCCAAGGAAAAAUAGUGACACUGUCUAACGACACAUCCACAAUUGGGCCCCAUUCCUGCCCAGGUAGUGUUAUGUAACAAAGUCCUCAAGAGCCAAAAGUCAAUUUUGAAAGAGGGUUUUUGGUCAGAGACUUGGUAAGGGGACGAUAAACAUAGAGACUGAGUGCAUUAAAGGGAUGGCUUCAGUGUUUGAACUGGGGUGCAAAUGACAUCAUCACCUUUGGCAUUAAUUACUUCGGAAGCUGGAAAAGAGACUACCAGGUAUCUCAGGUGGACACUGGACAUUAAUUGAGGAAGGAUCAACAGCUUCAAACUUUGUCUGUUAGUUUGUGGCACAAUUUUAAAAUUGCAGAAAUUCAAAAAUAAAAUAAAAAUAAAAAUCCAACUAAUACUGAGAGCUUUUCAAGAGAGCUUUCAAGUGUAGAUUCCUCUCUGGAAAUAUCACUGAAGUGUUCAGGUGCGAAAGUGUCAUUCCCACAAAUAGUUUGAAUAGUGAGCUCAAAUAUUCGAAGAAUUUUGUUGAAAUUUUUACCCCCUGUGCAGAGAGUUUCAGAGCUUUUUCAAGCUCAAAUAUUUCUACCCCUAAAACUAUUGUGUGCAAAAGUGAGUAAAAGCCCAAUGUAGAGUCUUUAAAAAAAGUAUAAUAACACAGUGAGUGAAUUUAAUUAGAGGUUUUUGGCCUUUCUCCCCAAAAAAUAAAACGAAGCUUUGGCCCAAAAAUAAUAACACAAGAGGAUAUUUAAACUUGGAAUUUUUAGUGAAAAUCCUAUUGUGGCUCCUGUCUGCACUGUUCUGGAAUUGUGUUGGCGAGAUAGUGUUGGAAAAUAUGGAUUAUAGGUGGAUUUUGCUAACAGCCUUUGCUGCGCUCUGUGUUGUUGCUGGAGAUGAAUCGUUGGAUACACGAGAGGGCGAAGACGUGACCCUCAAGUGUCGAUUUAAUGAGCAGCACUCCACCACUGAGUUCUCCUACUAUUGGGCCCGAUGGACGGUGGGCAACAAAUUUGAGAAUGUGGCUAUUGGCAACAUUCAAUUGAACACCAAUUACAGAUUGGAUUUCCGUCCAGAUCGAGGAAUUUACGAUUUACUGAUCAAAAAUGCCUCCUACAGUCGGGACAAUGGGAGAUUUGAGUGCAGGGUGAAAGCCGUAGGGACUGGAGCUGAUGUCCAUCAAGAAUACUACAAUGUCACAGUACUGACCCCACCUCAACCACCCCAAGUGGCUGCGGGAAAUAUUGCCAUUGCCACAGAAGACAAGAGACAAGAACUGACCUGUAGCAGCAUCGGUGGAUCACCUGAUCCAACAAUAACAUGGUAUCGAGAAGGAAGCUCUCAGCCCCUUCAGGCUACCAUAAAUCGUGGUGGCUCGAAGGAUUUGCAGACUUCAAGCACACUGAUUGUAACACCCAGGAGAGAUGACGAUGGAGUUACAUACAGGUGCGUCGUUUGGAACCGAGCUAUGCCAGAAGGACAGCGUCUUGAGACAACAGUCACUCUCAGUGUCAACUACUACCCACGCGUUGAGGUCGGCCCGGAAAAUCCACUGCGAGUGGAAAGGGAUUCAACGGCAAAACUUGAAUGCUUUGUGGAUGCCAAACCCAAAGUCAGCACUGUUCGAUGGACACGCAAUGGACGUUUCAUAAGUUCCUCCCUGACCCACACAAUUCACCGGGUAUCCGUUCAGGAUGCCGGAAAGUAUGCCUGUUCGGCUGACAAUGGUCUUGGACGGAAUGGGGAACAAGAAAUGAACUUGGAUGUCCUGUAUCCACCAGUUGUGGUGAUUGAAUCGAAAACCAGAGAAGCUGAGGAGAGGGAAACUGUAAACAUUCGUUGCAAUGUCACAUCAAAUCCACCCCCAGUGACCAUUGAGUGGCUGAAAGAGGGAAGCCCUGAGUUUAGAUUCAGUGGUGAUGUGCUAACAUUGAGAGAUGUCAAGGCUGAACAUGCAGGAACCUACAUCUGCCGAGCUGUGAAUAUCCUCAUGCCACAUGGAGGAAAGCGUCUGGAGAGAAUUGGCAAUGCAACAGUUGCUCUUUUGGUACGUCAUAGACCGGGAAGGGCAUUCAUCACACCCAGUAAACCUGUAGUUCAUGUUGGAAAUGGCGUAACUCUGACAUGCAGUGCCAAUCCACCCGGAUGGCCUGUUCCACAAUUUCGCUGGUUCAGGGACAUUGAAGGAGAAGUCUCUCCUCAGACAGUCCUUGCCCAGGGAUCUCAGUAUGUUAUCCCAAGAGCUCAUCUAGGCAGCGAGGGUAGAUAUCACUGCCAUGCAGCUAAUGAACUAGGACAUGGUGAUAUGGCCACCAUUGUCCUGGAAGUUCAUCAACCACCUCAGUUCUUGGCCAAAUUGCAGCAGCACAUGACAAAGAGGGUAGGGGACUACAACUACAACGUAACCUGCAGUGCUAAGGGUAAACCAAGGCCGGAUAUCAUUUGGCUGAAGAAUGGAAAGGAAAUCACACCAGAACCCAAUCUCUACGAAGUUAUUACGGACCCUGUUGAAGGUCCCAAUGGAAUGGUCACAGUUCAAAGUACUUUAAAAUUCCAUGGCAGAGUUCGUCCUAAUGAGAACCAACUGAUCCCAGGUGAUCGUGGUCUCUACACGUGUUUGUUUGAAAAUGAAGUUAGUACCGCUAACUCCAGCAUGCACCUCCGGAUUGAGCAUGAACCUAUAGUGCUGCAUCAGUACAACAAGGUGGCCUAUGAUAUUAGGGAAACUGCUGAGGUGGUUUGUAAGGUUCAGGCAUAUCCUAAGCCUGAAUUUCAGUGGCAAUUUGCCAAUAAUCCAGCAACCCUUUCAAUGUCUGCUGAUGGUCACUAUGAGAUAAAUACAACAACUGAUAACAAUGAUGUCUACACGUCGGUUCUUAAGAUUCAUAGGCUAGGUCAUGAGGAUUAUGGAGACUAUCACUGCCGAGUGGCAAAUUCACUCGAAACUAUCCGUGUGACAAUCAGGCUUCAGCCCAAAGGACCCCCUGAGAAACCCAUCAACCUCCAAGCGGCUGAUGUUGGACCAAACUAUGCCAGUCUCCUCUGGGAUCCUGGUUUUGAUGGUGGUCUCAGCAAUACGAAAUUCUUCGUGUCCUACCGCAAAGUAGCCGUUCCCCAUGAUGACCAAGUAAUGGGAGAUUGUGGCUCAAUGUCCAUCAGUUCGUCCGAAUGGAUGGAAUUUGAUUGCCAUCGUGACAUCCCCUGCAGCGUGACACCACUUGAGCAGCACCAGAGCUAUGUCUUUAAGGUGAAAGCACUCAACACUAAAGGAAAUUCUGAGUAUUCGAACGAAAUUGCGACAACGACAAAAGUCAGUAAGAUUCCACCACCACUCCAUGUCACCUUUGACCCAAAUUCCCGUGUCCUUGCCAUCAAUGUUGGUGCCACGUGCCUCUCGGUCAUCGCCAUUGUAGAAUCCGUCGUCAAUGGCGAUACCCUCCAACCAGCCUGGCAAAUUGUGGACACCAUUCCACUCCAAGUGUCCGGAAAUGCACCAACCUACAAGGAAACGGUUAUUGAACACCUGGUAACCCCAAGACGCAGCACAAGUGGACGAUCACUGGGUGCUGGAGGCGGCAUGCCCAGUGAUGAUGACCUCCCACUAGCACUUAGCGAUGAGCUUCAACCCAAGGUCCGCGUUAAGUUGUGCCUGCGUCAAAAUCAUGAACACUGUGGUGACUACACAGAAGCCAAAAUCGGACCAUCCUACAUUGAACAACAAGCUGCCAUUGCAACUCCCACAUUGAUCGCCAUCAUUGUGUCUUGUGUUGUUUUUGCCCUCUUUGUUGGUCUCUUGCUCAUGUUCUGCCGGUGCAAGAGGAACCAAUCCAAGAAGAGUGCUGCUGCUAAGGACUACGAAAUGGACUCUGUCCGUCCUUCAAUUGUUGCCCAACAGAACCAAGCACCACCACCCUACUACCCAGCCAGUGGACUCGAGAACAAGGCCCUUGAGCACUCAAUGGAUCUCGCUCUGGCCAUGGAAGAUCAGAAAAAUGCAGUUUAUGCAACACAAAAUGGCUACGGAUACCACCCAAAUGCUGGACUUCAAGUUCCUGGACACACAAUCCCAGGCAAUGAAUGGGUGAAUAUUGGAUAUAUGGACAACAGCUAUUCCAAUUCUAACAACGGUGGCAGUGUCAACUCCCAGGAUAGCCUCUGGCAGAUGAAGAUGAGCGCUGCAGCCGGCAAUACGACCAAUCUUGUACCAUCACACAAUUUUGUUGAACGACAACCAUCCUAUGGUUACGAUCCCCUAACACAUGGUGGAUAUGGGGCUGUUGACGACUACGCCCCAUACCCCCAUCUUACGACUACCCCAAGCCAACAUGGCGAUGACUACCACAAUGUCCGCAACAGCCAGAAUCCCUCGCGCCAGGAGUACUGCAGCGAUCCCUAUGCAGCGGUGCACAAGCCAAAGAAGCGACUAGAUCAGCACCUAGACUCCCCCUAUCACGAUGUCAGCGGCCUCCCUGAUCCCUAUAUGGAGCAGAUGGAGCCCGAAGACGCCAAACCACCGCCACAGCACAUGUCACUGAGCUACGAUGAGAGCCUGGAGAGUGGCUACUCCACGCCUAACUCAAGGAAUCGCCGGGUAAUCCGCGAGAUAAUUGUCUGAGACACGCCAAGGGUGCGUUUUGCGGACGGGACGUGCCUGUAACCAUCGUGGAUGCCCCAUGACGUCACAGUGUCCAUCCAGACACCCUCGCUGAACUGAAAUUGCAACGGAGGGUUUUUAGAGAGGAUGGAUUUAUGUCAUUUGCUGAGUUUCUGAGGGAUUAGGAGGCAGAUAGGAAGGAAAAUAUGCUCAAAAAAAGCGGCCUAAAAUGAACUUGGCUUUUCCCUCGGAUUUCUGUGACGUAUCUUAUGACUUCUCCAUGGACAGUGAAACGUUCGCAAAAUUGUGCCCUUAGUGAAAUUUAAAAAAAAGUGAAAGUAAAAAAAAUAUAAACAGAACUGGACACGUGGAAUAUGCGAGAAAUUCACGUGAUGUUUAAUUAAGGAACAAUGUGAAACUUAGUGCUGCAAUUUUGUGUUGCAUGUGACGUUGGAAAACAACUCAAAAAAAAAACACAGAUGAUUUACUAUUUUAUUAAGAAUUUCCCCUUUUAGUUAUUUUUUUUUUUGUUUUUUUAGCAAAAGAAUUCUUUUAUUUUAAAAUGCCGGAACGUGAGAUGAGCAAGGUAAAAUUGAAGAAAAAAAAAAGAGUUUCUAAACAAGAAAAGUAUGAUAUUGUACAAAUAUUUCUGCCCGCCGUGAUGGUUUUAUUUUAUUUGUUUUUAAUAAUAAUUGUUAAAAUUCUCAAAAGAAAAUGAAAAAAAAAUUCUUGCGUGUGAGAGAAAUUCACAAACACAAAUAAUAUCCAAUGAGCAAUAGUGAUAAACAUUUUAUCUGUUGAAUCUCUCACAAAUUUGCCAUGAUAUUGAUUAAGUUAUUGUAUUUUUUUUUAGGUUUAUUUUGUUUUUAAUACUCAAAGGAAUAUCCUUUGAGGCUCUUUUUUACUUAUGAGCAUCGCACAAUUCUAUUCUGUUUUGGAAACAUCUUAUUUGACUGUUUCAGCAAAAUGAGAGACAUAUAGUCAUCUCGCUCUAACUGUUCCCAAAUUGGUGUUUUCAAAACAGAUUUAAUUGUGCCUGCGCUAUUAGAAUUGUCCCAAUAACUCCUGUAUAUUAAAAUUAAAAAAAAAACACACACACACAAAAAACGUACUUAAAUGGCGAAGAUAAAUUUAAGUAAAAAGAAAAUGGUUAAGAAAAGAAAAACCAAUUAAGUGUAUUUGUACAUAAAACCUAGUAAGAUAUACUUAAGUAAAAAAAAAGCGAAAAAGGGUAAAAAAAAAACAAAGCAUCAAAAUGAGAAAAGCCAUUUUAUUCACAUAAUUUUCUCUAUAUUUUUAUUUAAUUUUUUUUGCUGAAACUUCAAGCAAAAUAUUGUUCCAAGAAAAAUUAUUUCUUAUCGCUAUUUCUUCACCCUCUCUCCCGUCUCUCUUCCUCCUCAUUCUUCGCUCAUUUUCAUUUUCAUAUUAAACACACCUCAUCCGCUAAAUGAAUUGUUGUGAAAAUGAUGAGAGCAAGAAACUGAACUUAAUUGUAAGAACUCGAUGUGUAUUGUUGUGACUGGCUCAUUAUUAAAAAAAAAGAAGCAGAAAUAGAUGGAAAAAAAGAAAAACUAAUCAGCAAAAGCACAUACAGAUAAAUAUAAUUGAAUGCACGCCUUUGUGAUACCUUAGAGAUUUUUCAUGUGGACAGAAAAGAAAAAAAAAGAAUUAAGUGAAAAAGAAUAUUUGUCGCUUUCACUGUUUUUUAACAUAAAAUUACCGCAGUAACGGACGUUGUAAUUCAAAAUACUUGUGUCACCUCAGACACAAACCCACAAUUUUGCACUCAGAAAAAAAUCUCACAAAAUUUCCUCACACAAUCAACACACUCGCAUUUCCCGCCAAAACAAUCUUACCAACAUCUUUCCUAAACAUUACUUUUAUAUUAUUCUAUUUUUUUUUUGUAGAAAUAAUCACGUCGAAAUAGUGCCAAAUCGCAUUUCACACAUUUAAUUGUGUAAUUUUUUAAUAGAAAAAAAAGAAAAAAAUAAUUCUUUGGUAAUUUUAGAAAAGUUGGAUAGUUUUUACAUGCUCAAGAGAAUCAUUUAUAGAUUUUCUGCGAAUAUUUUAAUAUUUACACAAUCAAUCUAAAAUCUUAACUUUAAGUGCUUUUGAAUGUAAUUGUUGUUAAUUUGAAUUGUUUUUCUAUUUAAUUUUUUUUAACCUGGAAAAUCACUCUAAACUUCGUCGCCCAGAUAUAGACUAUCAGAUUGAUAUAAAUGCAUAAAUAAGUUGAAUGAAGAAAAAUUAAUGCGAGCAAGAAUACUGUAUUCUAGCAGUUUCUGCUCUGAUCUUGUCAAAUACUGAUUGUCAGUUGUAUCGGUAAACCAAAUUCUAGCAGUUUUGACAUUUAAGGUGUUUGAAAAGAUAGAGAUCAUUUAAUCUUUGAGCUUGGAAAUUUUACUACAAAACUACAAGAAUCAGAAGUAUCUAGCACUAAAUUGUAAAACCUUUAAGAAGGUUAAAAAAAUACUAGUUUUAAUACUAGUUUUCCUCGUUAAAAUAUAGCAUGGCAGUGCUAGAAGCAGUACUACAUCAUUCGGAAUGGUUGAAAUCCUGUUUCUAGCAGAUAUUUAUCAAUAUUUAUUUUCCACGCUAUAAAAAUGAGAACAGUGCGCUUUUUACUGUAGAAACAUAAGCAGUACAGCCUGGUACUAAAUGCUGGAAAUACUGUUUCUAGCAUUUUUACCUCAAUAUUAAUUUUCUUCGAUAAAAAAAUAAAUACCAGAACGCAUUUCCAAUAUAGCUAAAAUAUAACCAGGAAGUGCUUCAAGCAGUACAACUUAAUUUUGAAUGGUGGUUAGUAUUACCUAACACAAAAUGGUAGAAAUCUUGAUUCUAGCAGUAGUGUAGCAUUAUAUUAGUUUUUCACGCAAAGACAAAAAGAACAGGGCACGUUUGUACUGUCGAUAUCAUUAAGAUGUAGCAAGAUAAAAGAUGUCAGAAUACAAUGUUGAUAUUGCUUAAAUAUGGCAAAGAAGUGCUAGAAAACUACUACUUAAGACUAAAUAGCUGAAAUUGUAAUUCUAGCAGCAUUUAUGACACUAGCUCUAUGCAUUAACUGAAAACAAAGCUUCUAGAAUCAGAAUCACUAACCAUUAAGUUGUACAAAUUUUAAUUGCAACAAUUUGGCAAUUCUUGAUUUUUGAGAAACUGCAAGAAUCGAUAACUAAUCAGUCGAAUAUUCAAUUUCAGCUUUUUCGAAAUUAUAUUCUUACUAUACUCAUUUAUACGAGAAAAGAAAAACAGCAAAGAGUAGUACAUAUUUCACGCCGUCUCUUUUGACUGCUAGAAUUCAAACUGCCUAGUGGAAUGUUUUUUUUACUUUACCAGCGUCAAACUCUUUGUGUUUCCCGUAGCAAAGAGAAAACUAGUUUUCUCUUUGAGACAUAAAUAGGCAACUGAAUCUAUAUCAUUGGCAUUUAACUGCUGCAUUUAAGUAUUUAGAAUAAUAGUGCUAGAAUUCUAACACUUUGUCUUUUAUUAUUCUAGAAGAUGCAAAAAGAUAAUAUUCCUCAUCUGCUUUUUAGAUGUGAAGUCUCACUGAGAACUAGUACUGCAAACAGUAACUGCUAGAAUAGUAAUUUUAUUGGAGUUUUUGAGAUCUAAUGUCAAACUGCGGGGACUAGUACAGCCGAAUUUUAAUUGCUAGAACUGUAAUUAUAGCAGUUUCCAAACAUAAUGUAAAGGCAAAGAUAUAAUUAUAUACAGUGGGACCUCGAUAGAGUCAACUAAUUAUUUCCAGGCCUGUGGACUUCAUUGGAUUGGGUGACUCUAUCGGAGUCAAUUUGGGUCCAAGUUAACCCUUCGGAGUCCGCAGAGUAAAAAAAUAGCUGUUGACUCUAUUGGAGAUUGACUCUAUCGGGGAUUGACUCUAUCAAGGUCCCACUGUAUCUGGUGUGCUGUUCACAAAAUAGUUUUAAAACUGCUAGAAUUAGUAUUUCCCGCUACAAUUGAAAUCAGUAAAAAUGUAUUCAUACAUUCGGUUUAUGCAAUUUAUACAAAUAUGAUAUUCUACAUUCGAACGUUAAAUUCCUAAAAAAUCAUUUGAAAAUCUGUUCUGUAGAUCGGAUUAAACGAUUAAAAGUCUGCGGCAAUUGUACUUAAUAAAAGAAAAUGACCACCAACUGAGCUUAGAAAUAGUUUUAAAAAAGAUCUAAAAUUUUUUUCAGUUAUUUCAAAUUUGAAACGGAGAAAAAUAUUUUGGAAAAAUUGCUCAAGUGUGCUUCUUUGUAAUAGUUUUUCCUUGAAAAAAAAAAACAGCAUGAGUUAUGAAUAUGAACCCCAAAUAUUAAAAGAAAACGAUUGAAUGAUAAAUUGUGGCGCUACUAAAUGAAACACACUGAAUCUUUCACGUGGACUAAAUGAAGAAAACAAAAAGUAAAUGAGAAAAAGAACAGUGUUUAAAAAAUUGUAAUAUAGUCAACUCACAUAGUAAUAUAUAUUUUUUUAUAAAGUAUGAUCUCGCACAAAAGUAUUCUUUAUUUAUCUUCAAUCACAAAGUUUUCCAUUUAAAAAAACUGAAUGUUUUUUGAAGCACACGCGCUCUCUUUAUACAAGAUCCAUCCUCAAUGAUGGUCUUUGAUAUAUAUUUUUCAUUCAAGAAAAAAAAGAAUCUAAAUGUUAAUGAUAGCAGAAAUUUUGCCAGAUCUUUUUCAAAUAAAUUUUUAGCAAUUUUCCAGAUAUAAAUGGAAAAUGAUUCUUUUUUCUGUAUAAAAGAAAAUCAUGUCUUUACAUCGAUGGAAAGUAUUUGCAGAAGAAUGUUCCCAAUUCAUUUAUUAGUGAAAAAGAAGUAACUGUAUGUAAUUAAGAAUGUUUAUUAACGAUCAUUAGGAUAUUUAAAGAAGAAAGAAAAAUAUUGAUGGAGAGAUUUUGGGUGAAAGAAAAUGAUGAAAAAUUGUGUAUAGAUAGGGCAAAAAUUUAUCGGUUUUCUCAUAGAAAUAUACACAAGAUAUUUCUGUGAUCGACUCUAUAUUUAAAAAAAAAAGAAAAUGAAAAUGGAAUAAAUCUAGCGAUAAGCAAAAGCAGAGCAUAUAAGAUGAAUAUACCUUUGUAUUAAUCUAAGGUCACGAGAAGCAUUUACUACUAAAGAAGAAAAAAAAAUGGAUUAUAUAGCUAUAUUAGAGAAAGAUGAGAAGAAAACACAGAGAAAAAAUGGAAUAUUUAAUAUUAUCAUUAAAUAUUGUAAAUAUUAUCACGAGAAGAAAAAAAAUAUUGAAGAUUUUAUCGAGAUAGUGAGAGAAUUAUAAUUUUAAUUACAGUGUACAGGAAUUUGAGAUAAAUAAAAGUAUGAUUUAAUUAAA